CUAGACUAAGGAGUGACAAGCAGACAUGGCUCAGUUUGCACAGGUCAUGGCUGAAGUGGGCGACUUUGGUCGCUUCCAGAUACAGUUGACUAUCCUGAUGGCCAUCCCCAAUUUCCUGUCUGCGUUCUUCGUGUUUGGUCAGGUCUUCAUGGUCCUUGAUGAAGCCCACCACUGUUCAGUGUCCUGGGUCAAGAACCACACUCUCAACCUGAGUGCAGCUGAGCAGCUGGCCGUUAGCAUACCCAAUGACACAUCAGGCAGGCCCGAGUCCUGCCUCAUGUUCCGGCCACCUCCUGAUGGUGCCAGCCUGGAAGACAUCCUCAGCCACCGCUUCAAUGAGACACAGGCCUGCGACUCAGGCUGGGAGUACCCUGAGAACAGGCCUCUGUCCCUAAAGAAUGAGUUUGACCUGGUGUGUGACAGGAAGAGCCUGAAGAGAACCUCCCAGUCGGUGUUCAUGGCUGGACUCCUCGUUGGGGCCCUCGUCUUUGGGCCCAUCUGUGACUGGAUUGGCCGCAGACUGUCCCUCCUGGUACAGCUGCUUCUGGUAGGUACCACAGGCCUGGCCACAGCCUUCGUGCCCAGCUUUGAGCUCUACCUGACCCUGCGCUUUGUCUUGGCGACUGCUGCCGCUGGGUAUUUACUAAGCACCAAUGCCCUGCUUUCAGAGUGGGUGGGGCCAUCCUGGAGAACACGAGCCAUGGUGCUGGCCCAGAGCAGCUUUGCCCUUGGGCAGAUGGUAUUAGCAGGCCUGGCCUAUGGCGUCCGCAACUGGAGACUCCUUCAGAUAAUCGGCACCACACCAAUCUUCCUGCUCUUCUUCUACUUCUGGGUUCUGCCAGAAUCUCCAAGGUGGCUCCUCUCCCAAGGAAGGACAGAGGAAGCCAAGCAACUGGUCCAGAAGGCAGCCUCUGUGAACAGGCGGCCACUUCCUCCAGAGCUCCUGAACCAGCUGGUCCUCGAGAAGACAGGCCCCUCGGGGAACGCCUUGGAUCUCUUCAGACACCCUCAUCUCAGGAAGGUGACUCUGAUUCUCAUUGCUGUCUGGUUUGUGGACAGUCUGGUGUAUUAUGGCCUCAGCUUCCAAGUGGGGGACUUUGGCCUGGAUAUCUACCUGACACAGCUGAUAUUUGGAGCAGUGGAAGUGCCUGCCCGUCUUUCCAGCAUCCUCUUGAUGGAGAAGCUGGGUCGCAAGUGGAGCCAGUUGGGAUCUCUGACGCUGGCGGGCGCCGUGUGCAUCGUUGUCAUCUUCAUCCCAGGAGAUCUUUCCGUGGUGGUCACCGUGCUGGCCGUGGUGGGGAAGUUUGCCUCAUCUGCUGCCUUCACCACAACCUACGUGUACACUGCUGAGCUCUUCCCCACCAUCAUCAGGCAAACAGGCAUGGGCUUGGUGAGCACCUUCUCCAGGGUCGGUGGCAUCAUCUCGCCUCUGGUGAUGCUGCUGGAGCAGUACCACAAGGCGGUCCCCAUGCUCAUCUUUGGCAGCCUCCCCAUCGGGGCAGGCCUCCUAUGUGCUCUGCUGCCUGAGACACGGGGCCAGACCCUGAAGGACACCCUCCAGGACCUGGAGCUGGGGCGCCAUCCACGGUCCCUCAAAACAUCACCCCAGAGAAAUGGAAUGGAGGCCAUGGAACAGAUUUCCAGUAUGAGGGUGGCUGUUGUGAGCAGCUCAUACUUCUGA